AUGGAGGAAUUGCAUGCAACCCUGGCAUCAAACAUCACUCGAGCGAACGAGCGGUAUGCCAAGUUUGCCGAUCGUCUGCGCAAGCAAGCGCCCAAGUUCGAGAUUGGCCAGCAAGUGUGGAUUUUGCGCCGAAACAUCAAGAGCGACCGUCCUGUGACCAAGCUUGACUUUGUGCGUGUUGGCCCAUUCAAGAUCCUCCAGGUGAUUAACGACAAUGCUGUGCGCUUGGACCUUGGCGAGAGCUCGCUCAAGGCCGAUGUCUUCAAUGUGGCUUUGUUGGAGCUGUAUCGUCCCAAUGAUUUACCCGACCGUGUGCUCCGCAAUGUCCCUGGCUUGUCCACGAGUGAUGGCGAGUUCUUCCCGGUUGGCAGGAUUCUCGACUCGCAGCUUCGCGACGACGACGAAUUGUGGUACUUGAUCCGUUGGAAAGAUCGCCCCGCCUCCGAAGACAGCUGGGAGCCUGCAUACAACAUUGUGCCUGGCAACGCGCGGAUGGUGAACGCUUAUCACCGGGCGCACCCGAACAAGCCCAAGUGA